AUGUAUCUCCCUUUUGCCAUUUCGAUUAUUCCCUUCCUCGUGGUCUCCGUAGCGAGUACUCGAGAUGUCGAUGUUGCUAUCGUUGGUGGCGGUUUGUCGGGUCUGGCCGCAGCCAAGGAUAUUGCAAAGUCAGGCAAGACCUUUGCUAUUCUCGAAGCUCGCGACCGCGUAGGAGGCCGUGUACUCAAUGCACACCUUUCCAAUGGAGAGGUCCAGGAGCUCGGUGCGGAGUUCGUGGGGCCGACCCAGGACCGUGUGCUCGCUCUCGCAGCUCAACUUGGCCUGACAACAUAUCCAACAUACACGACUGGAAGAUCGAUUUUGUACCGAAACGGCACUGUUAUUCCCUACGACGUGGAUCUUGCGACCGGUGGCUUGCCCCCCGUGGGUUCGGAAGCCCAGGUAGAGCUCUCGAGUUUUAUCACGGAACUUGACGGUUUGGCGAGCGAACUGGACGUUCAUGCACCUUGGAAUCAUACCAAUGCUCCAGUGUGGGAUGGUAUAACCCUGAAAUCUUUUGUUGAAGCUCGGAUGACUCUGCAAGAUUCACGGUUGCUCUUCGAGACCGCUACUCGAUCCAUCCUUUCCACAGAGAUCGCAGAGCCAUCUCUACUGUACAUGCUAUCAUACAUCGCCGCUGCCGGUAAUCAAACAAACGCCGGAACCAUCACUCGUCUUGUUGGCAGCAAGGGGGCCGCUCAGGAUAGCCGAAUUAAUGGCGGAACUCAAUUAUUGGCGACGAGGCUGGCGGAGAGGCUCGGGGUAGCGAACAUCUUCCUGAAUUCGCCAGUACGGGAGGUCAAACUUGAGGGUGAUAGGUACACUGUCAAAUCCGACAGGGUGCAAGUAUCAGCCAAACAUGUCGUCAUCGCCAUGUCUCCUCCGAUGGCGGGACGGAUUUCUUACGAUCCAUUACUACCCGCGGGUCGGGAUCAGCUCACUCAGCGCAUGCCUAUGGGUUCGAUCGGCAAGGCUAUCGCGAUCUAUCCUGAACCGUGGUGGAGGAAACUAGGCUUCAAUGGCCAGGUACAGAGCGAUACCGGUGUCAUCCGAUCGACGUUUGAUAACACGCCAGCUAAUGAGAGCUUCGGUGCUAUCAUGGGUUUUAUCGAAGCCGAUGAGAUGCGAGACCUGGACGGGGUCCCGCAAACCGAGAUCAAAAGGAGAGUCACAGAGGACUUGGUCAAGUUUUUCGGAGCCCAGGCGGCCAAUGUCAGCCAGAUACUCAUACAACGAUGGGACCUCGAGGAAUUUUCGCGUGGCGGGCCCGUUGCUUAUUGUCCCCCCGGAGUUCUUACGAAAUACGGACCUUUCUUACGGAAUCCCGCUGCCAAAAUACACUUCGCUGGUACUGAGACUUCUCCCUACUGGACUGGAUAUAUGGACGGCGCCAUCCGCUCUGGUGAACGAGCUGCGGCAGAGAUUACAGCGGACUUUUGA